AUGCCGUCCUUCAACUUAAGUGCUAGGUUUCCUCGGAGUUCCUCUGGACGCGAGCAGCCGCCAGCGGUGCAUGGACCUCCGUCGUCGCUCGGGAGGGCCGCAUCGUUGUCUCAUUCGACAUCUUUCAGAGAUGAGAGGACAGGUAGCGGUGGGCCCAAGGGAGAGGAAUUCCUCGACUACGCGGGGGAGUCUCAGCCUGAAAGCCCUUCUACCCCAAAAAGAAGGUUUUCUUUUGCCCGGCCUCGAAGAUCUAAUACUGUUGCGGUGGCCAGUACAGCCCGUUCGACCACUUCGGGGUCGAGCUCGCGCUCCUUCUUCUUGCGCGGGAGAAACAAUAUGCUGGCGAAGACUGCCCAAAGCCAACCUCCACGCGUUGUGUCCGCUCCUACUAUUUAUCAGUCUCCAGGUCCACCUGGCGGGUCACUUCACUCCGCGUCGGCCGAUGAUGAUGAGGUGUUAGAAACUCUGAGGGAAGCUGCAGCAAAGAGUAUCGGAAUAACAUUACCGACGGAUGAGCUUUUUCCAGGGAACCGAGUUUCUUUUGGUGAUCCGCCGAGCGAGACAAAGACGGUGAAGCAACGGUCUGGGGGCGUUCGAUUCCAAGAACCAGGGGACUCUCGUGGUUAUAGCGCGUCUUUCCCGAUCAGUGUUGAAGCUGUUCCACCAUUUCCAUGUCUUUUCUCUCUUAUCGAAUCACGCAUUGGAUUCACAUCUACAGUCUCGAAGUACUGCGCUCCUCCACCUCUCGUGACGCUUUUGGGAUCUACCAAAAGUACUGCAAGACACUGGAAACCCAGACACCUUGCUCUUACUUCUGUCACUACUCUGGGCCCAAAUUCAACCAAGGAUGAAGCAGUUUACAUUCGAACGGACUAUCUGCAUCUAUUCAAGGGUUCGUCCCCAAAUGACAGAGAGGUGGAUCGGCUUCUCCUCACAGGAAACUCUGCCGCCACACUCCCCGAUGAACAAGACAAUCUUUGGGACCGUCAAUGUGUAAUUAAAGUGAAUGGUUACCACGCUAAAGUGGUCAAGCAAGACGAAGAAGGCACAUUCAUUCCCCAAGGCGAGAUGGUCUGGCUUCUCCAGUGUCCAGACAGUCAUAAUAUGCAAAAAUGGCUGGUAUCUAUUAGGAAUGCUGUUCUAAACCACAGGUGUUGGCAGGCUGGUCUAACCAAAAGGUCCGGGACCCCAUCUGGCAUGACAACUGUGCGCUCUCUGAUCGAGGGAGCGCUCACCCCUGAUGGGCCCGGAAGUGAGGACAUGACUUCGGAGGACGAGUCCCUGAUUGUCCCGAAGCCUCGUCCUCACACAAGCCUCGGCAUUUUGACUAAUCAACCCAAAUCGCUUGGUCUUCGCGGAUUAUUCAUUAAUCAUCAGUCGUCGGUGCCCUCGUCCCCAAUCGUUGCUGAACGUCACGACUGGAAGAGUCAAAACGCUUCUUGCGCCAGUUCUCCUGCCCAUCCUGGCAUUUUCCCUGUGCCAAAGGCUUUAUCAUCACCGAUUGGUGGCGCCCGUUCGUCGCUGACGACAUCAACACUUGAAGUAUCUCAGGGAUCAUCAUUGACCAGUGUAGAGGAGCGGUCUACGUUAUUCCCACCCGAAGAGGAUCCUCAUUCCGAUUUUAUGGUAUCCGUGCCUCCAUCUGCUCUAGUAAUUGAGGAUGGGCAGGGUCGUGCCUCAUCCGAAAUCGCUGUGAACGAUGCAGUGAGUGUUAUGAGCAAACCAAGUCCCCGCGUCCCCGCCCCGUCACUUGAGGAACAGAUGGCGCCCACUGCUGUCCCCGCCCGUCUUCUAGUCAGCGUCCCUAUCACUCCUGUAGAGGAAAGAUUCUUCGACUUCUCGUCUGUUGGAGUGAAUGGGCCUAAGAGAGCACGACCAACAAAUCCUCGGGUAGUUUCUCUCAGUACUAAUACAUUUGAAGGUGACCGAGAACGAGAAAAUUUCCAGCGUUUCCUAGCCAGUCCCUCCUACAACCCUUCAAUUCUAGGGACAUCCCCCCUUCGUGGAAUGGUUGCAUCCGCAUCAACAUCUCUGCCCCCCCCUCCACGUUCCAGGCGAGCCACCACCUCUUAUGGGACUUCCUCGCAUCCGUUUACCAAGGGUGGUCGAGCCUCUCCUAGAUUGGUCCACUCGCGCUCUCGGAGCUCAUUAGAUACUCACUUGGGUGUCUCGAGUGCAUUGGACACGAGUAGCCCUUCUAUCACACGGGACUUAAGUGGCACCAACAUACCGAAGAGACUGACUUCACUAUCAGGUCUGGGGACUCGUGAGCGCCCUCCGGAUAGCGGGUCGGGAGAGGAUGGGCACCAGCGGAACGGUUCCGAUCUGAGUAACAUUAGCGAAGUCCCUACUUCACGGCAUCAUCGUCGCCAUAAUUCUGACGAAGCGGGUAGUUCAAGGCGCGGAUCGAGUGCUUCGAGGGGUCGGAGCAGAUUAGAUAAUUUACCAGUGGUGGUGCCGCGGCCCCGGGCGCCGGGGGGCCCGCUGGACUCUGUUGACACAGUGGUAUAUAAUCCUUCUAAGCUUCCUUGGCGCCAGGCGCAAGGUUCCGAGAUCACAUCAUUGGGAGUGACUUCCCAAGAUGAAGCCCAAACACAUUCUUCAUCUGCUCAACUGUCGAUUGAGAUAUCAUCUUCACACAGCACUCGAAGUGUACAGUCCCACUCUACUGAUGUUUCUAAUGACGCGUGCAUCACACCAACCUCUACAGAAUCACUUUCCCCCAUCCAAAGCAAUCCGCCUUACAUUCACCCUUAUGCUGCCCUUUCAUUGCACUCUUUCGGUAUACAUGGCCAAAGAGAAAGCUCUAUUUCUUUGACAGCGUCGCAAGCCGCUAACGCCUAG